AUGUCGUCGUCGGCACCACCGCCUACACGUCCGGCCACGGGUCGUAAGCGUGCCCCUUCCUUCUCUGAAGCCAUUGCCCAGGUCCCGCAGAAUGCCAACGCGCAGGACGAAACUGCAGACCCGGCUGUAGCCGAUCGCAUCGCCGCUGCCGAUGCUGCCGCAGCCGCUGCUGCUACAAAGGAUCCCGUCGCUGCAUCCACUUCCAAGCCCCGCGCCAAGAAGGGCAAGUACGAGUUUCAAGAUGACGAAAUCUACCGCUCCCAGGGCCUCAUCAAGGACUUGACGAACUUUCGAUGGAUGACCGCGCCCGCUUCGUCGCUCCAGCUCGCUGCCAUCUUUGUGCUCGCCUACUUCAACUGGAACUUUUUCAUCGGCACUCCCGAGAACAACCCAGUCGCACCCUUCCUGAAGCUCUCGCAUCGCGUGCCCCAGUCGCAAGUCAUCCUCGACAGUCUGCCACCCAAGGACGGCAUCCAACGCGCACUCCAGAACCUCAUCCCUCGCUCCACAGAAAGCCAUGAGGCGAGAUACCAGAAAGGCUACAACGACCUGCUCUUCCUCGUGUUUCACGUCAUCGUGUUCAGCUUCCUCCGCCAGUCGACCACGCUCUACAUCUUCAAGCCGUUCGCCAAAUGGUGGGGGAUCAAGAGCGAGUCCAAGCAGGCACGCUUCACCGAACAGGGUUAUGCGGUGCUCUACUGGGGCAGUGCCGCUGCGUUGGGGCUCUACGUCAUGAGCUUCCAGGACAGCUGGUGGUUCAACCUCGAACAUCUCUGGCUCAAGUACCCGCACUGGCAGAUGCGCAGCGAGCUCAAGCUCUACUACCUGCUCCAGUUCAGCUUUUGGCUGCAGCAGGCGCUUGUCAUGCUGCUGCGUCUCGAAAAACCUAGGAAGGACUACGUCGAGCUCAUUGCGCACCACCUCGUCACGCUCUGGCUCAUCGGUUGGUCGUACCUCAUCAACUUGACCAUGAUCGGCACCACGGUCUUUGUGUGCAUGGACAUCCCCGACACCUGGUUGGGCUUCAGCAAGGCGCUCAACUACAUGGGGCUUGACAACAUCACUGUCGCCGUCUUCGCCAUCUUUAUGGUCAUCUGGUCCUACUUCCGCAUCUACCUCUCGGCGGUCACGCUGCAGUCGGUGUGGACGCAGUUCGAACUCAUCCCGCGGUACGCGAGGGAGUGGGAGCCCGAGAAGGGCUGGUGGUUGGUCUGGUGGAUGAAGUACCAGAUCUUUGCGCCCAUGUUUUUGUUGUUCUUGCUCAACGUGUUUUGGUACGUGCUCAUGUGGAGGAUCAUGCUGCGGGCGAUCAAGGGCGAUGUUGCCGACGAGAGGGAGGAGGGAGAGUACGACGACGAGGAAGACGACAAGAAGAAGCAGUAG